UUUUAACACCGUUGCCAUGGACGCACCUGCCUCUAAAAAUCCCAGCACCCUCUGCAAUCGCUGCCAUGCAACAGAGCAAGACUGACUGAGACAAGCCGGUUGCAAGAAUGGACGAGCAAUCGGCAGAAGAGACAGCAUUUGUUGUGGAUGAUGUCAGCAAUAUUAUUAAAGAUGCAGUGGAAAGCACGAUAGGGAGCAGCGCAUACCAGCACAACAGGGUUAACCAGUGGACAUCCGGUGUCGUGGAAACAAGCCUCAAUCAGCUCACCAAACUGGGCAAACCUUUCAAAUACAUUGUGACCUGUGUUAUUCUACAGAAGAAUGGGGCUGGUUUGCAUACAGCAAGUUCCUGUUUCUGGGACAACACUGUUGAUGGAAGCUGUACAGUGAGGUGGGAGAACAAGACCAUGUACUGCAUCGUCAGCAUCUUUGGGCUGGCCCUUUAAACACAGUGUCACACUACGGAUCUCUCUCAAACAUAAAAUGAAUAAAUAAAAAACCCUAGUUCUCGCUUUCAAUUGUAAUCAUCAAGACAAGCUGGAGUAAAUGAGCAGGGACCAAUGUGAAGAAAGUUUGAGUAACGUGAUAGAUGUGGUUGCAGAUUUACAUUAUUGAACUGGAUGCCAUUUAAGGAUUGCUAUAAGAUUAUGCUAUUGUGCCAAUUUCAUUUUAACUAAAAUACCAGUAGUUUGACUUUAAAAUCUGAUUAUGGUCAUUUUAUUAAUCGUGUAUAAAAUCACGUCAAUCACGAACAGUGCUCCAUUUAAUGUUUCACAGACAAAAACGUCAAAUCACAUUAGUACAGUAUCUGCAAAACAAAUCUCACGCCUGUGAAGUGCUUAAUGUGCCAAGAAGUUGUUCUUAAUGAGACGGACAGAUCCAACCACAUUUUGUAUUUCUUGUAUGUUACAGAACAAAUAAAAUCAGUGAGCCGUA